AUGGAUGAUGAUCUAUCUGAGAAUCACCGUAAGUGUGUUGAUCCUUCUGUGGAUGGGUAUGAUUUUACUAUGGGGGGAAUGGCUAUCGGAACUGUGGAGGCUAAAGGAGGUUCGACACCUGGUGUGGUCAGCCAUACCGAAAAUUUAUGCGAUGCCGAGGGUAGCCUUGAAGCGGCUAGAAUGGAUAUUGAGGGUGGAGGUACGCGGAAAACCGCGUUUAGAAGUCAUGUUAGAGAAUUAGUUCGCAUCCAUGAUCCAGCUAUUUUAAUAGUGAUGGAGACUCGUGUUGGUGGAGAUAGGGCGAAGGCGAUUACAGAUGAUUUGCCGUUUGAUGGAGCUGUCCACACCGAUACCAUGGGCUAUGCGGGUGGGUUAUGGCUGCUGUGGAAUGGAGAUAGAGUGGAGAUCAACCAAUUAGCAAUUACUAAACAAGAAAUUCAUGUGGCUGUUAAGGCCUGGAGUCAUAGCUCGAGUCUAGCUCAGGCUAUUGAGCUUUUCACUAAUGAGGCUAUCAGGUGGAAUAAGGAGCAUUUCGGUAAUAUCUUCUUUAGGAAAAAGACAAUUAUGGCAAGGUUAAAUGGUAUUCAGAGAGCUAUGUCAGUUAAUCCUUCAGCUUUUCUCCUUAACCUUGAAAAUGAACUUCUAAAGGAUCUUGAUGUUGUGUUGAACCAGGAAGAGGAGCUGUGGGCUUUAAAAUCGAGAGUUAAUUGGAUGAUUCAAGGGGAUAGGAAUACGGCUUUCUAUCAUGUGUCUACCUUGGUGAGAAGGAAGAGGAAUAAGAUUUUGGCUAUCAAAAACACAGUGGGUGAGUGGUUAUAUAAGGAGGAGGAGGUCAAAGAUUUUGUGAUGAAUGGGUAUAGGGAUAUAUAUACUACUUCUUUCUGGUGUGAUUCCUUUCUUCAUCCUCGAAUUACUUCCUGGCAGGCUAGGCUGUCGGAGGAGGAAAAAUGUAGUAUUAGUGGGGAGCUGUCAGAGGAGGAUAUAAAAGCCGCAUUAUGGUCUUUGAAAGCUUUUAAGGCUCCCGGCUCGGAUGGGCUGCAUGCUGGGUUUUUCCAAAAGUUCUGGCUCACUGUGGGCAGCUCAGUUAUUUCUGAAGUUAAAAAAGUUUUUGCUGAGAGGAGAGUCCCGGAGUACCUCAACACAACUCUUAUCGCUCUUAUUCCAAAGAUCCAAGGUUCGGAGACGCUCAGUAAUUAUAGACCUAUCAGCUUGUGUAAUACAGUGUAUAAAAUAGUGUCGAAGAUUAUUGUCGCUAGAUUGAGACCGUAUCUGGACAAGCUUAUCUCUCCUUGUCAAUCAGCCUUCGUGCCGGGUAGAAAAGGUAUUGAUAAUGCUAUUAUAGCACAGGAGGUUAUCCAUUCCCUUAGCAAAAAGAAGGGGAAAGUGGGUUACAUGGCUUUGAAGAUUGAUCUUGAGAAGGCGUGUGAUAAAUUGGAGUGGAGUUUCAUCCGAGAUAUGCUUAUUAGGAUCAAUUUGCCUACUGAUCUGAUUGAAACCAUUAUGAGUUGUGUAACGACGGUCUCCACGUCAAUUGUUUUUAAUGGGGAAGCUCUGGAUCCAAUUUUUCCGUCAAGAGGGUUAAGGCAAGGGGACCCUCUUUCUCCCUACCUCUUCAUCCUUUGCAUUGAUUUCCUUGGUCAACUUAUUGAGGAAAAAUGUAGUGCUAAUCUUUGGAAGCCGAUUAAGGUCUCCCAAAGCGAGCCUUCAGUUUCCCAUUUGAUGUUCGCGGAUGAUUUGGUUCUCUUUGCCAAAGCAUAUAAUAUUAAUUGCUGUGCCAUUAGAGAUGUGUUGGAUGAGUUUUGCAAAAUGUCAGGGCAAAUAGUUAGUGAAUCUAAGUCGAGGGUGUUCUUCUCUCCCAAUGUUGAUAUGGAUGAUAGGGAAGCCUUUUGUGAUAUCCUUGGUUUUUCCUCCACGCCAUGCUUAGGAAAAUACUUGGGUAUUCCCAUUAGGCAGCCGGGUAGGUUUUCUCGUGAGUACAACUUCAUUCUUGAUAGAGUGAAACAGAAGUUAGCGCGUUGGAAAGCAAAUUUGCUCUCUCUAGUGGGGCGUGCGGUUCUCAUCCAAGCUUCCUUAGCAGCUAUUCCCUCCUAUGUAAUGCAGUGUGCUUCUCUUCCGGGUAGAGUGUUGGAUGGUAUAGAUCGGGUCAACCGUAAUUUUUUGUGGGGUACUACGGAAAAUCAGAGGAAGAUGCACUGGGUUGGGUGGCAAAAAGUGACUAAGACGAAGGAGGAAGGAGGUUUGGGCCUUCAAACGGCUAAAGGAAGAAACACUGCUCUCCUGGCCAAAUUGAACUGGAGAUUUCACUCUGAGAAGGAUUCCCUUUGGGCCAAGGUUUUAAAGCAGAAAUAUUGCUCUGGGAGGAGAGCUAAUGUUAUAAAUGCAGAUCGGCUUCCGUGUUCUCAGGGGCCUUUGACUCGUGAAGCUGAUCAAUUAAUGGUGAAGGAUGUGUUGACUGAUAUGGGUUGGGAUUGGAGUUGUAUUCCUUUUGUUCUGCCUACAGAUGUUAAAGAUUUGAUUCUAGCCAUGCCGGUGCCGCUCACUAAUAGAGGGGCUGAUAGAUUAGUUUGGGCAGGCAGUGCUAGAGGCGGGUUUGAUGUCAAAAGUGCGUACAUGCUGGCUGUAGAUUCAAACAAAAUUCCCCCCUUGCCGGUGGGGUGGAUCUGGAAAAUUAAUACGCUCCCUAGGAUUAAAACUUUUAUUUGGAGAUGUGUCCAUGAUAGUAUUGGGGUGAAGGGCUACCUGGUUAGGAGGGGAGUUGGGACGGAUGAUUUAUGCCCAAUUUGCCGAGAAGAAAAGGAAACGGUGUUACAUGCUCUUCAUGAUUGUCCCUGGCCUAGGACGCUUUGGUUGCAGCUGGGAGUUAGGAAUAUGAACCAAGACUUUUGGAGGAGCGAGCCUCAAGAAUGGUUUGGUUCGGAUGGGAGUUUAGGCAGUAGGACCAUGCACAGUAAAUCCCAGUGGAGCAUGUUAUUCUCCUUUGCCAUUUGGAUGUUAUGGAAAAGUAGGAACCAGGUGGUCUUUAUGGGUAAAGCUCAGAAUCCAAAUCUUUUGGCUGAAAUUGAGAAUCAUGUAACUGAAUUCAUGUAUUGUGUUAGCUCUCCGAGGUGUCCCGUGCCUAGAGUAGUUGUUGUGUGUCGUUGGGAGAAGCCGCCAGUGGGCUGGAUGAAGCUAAAUUCUGAUGGGUGCGCUAUUGGUAGUCCGGGUCUUGCUGGCUGUGGUGGUGUAGUCAAUUUGGACAUUCCUGCUCUUAUAGUCGAAAUGGAUGCCAAAUCCAUAGUGGAUAUUUUCUGUAGAAAUGGCUAUGUUAAUGAAGUGAUUUCUCCUAUCUUGGAUGACUGCAGAAUGCUUAUCAACAAUUUCCAGCAAAUUCAAGUCAAUCAUGUGUUCCGGCAAUCGAAUUGUUGUGCGGAUGCUCUUGCUAGAAUAGGGGCUGACCAAGCCUUAGAUUUUAGAUCCUUUGAAAGUCCGCCUGUGGACGUUUCUGACCUUGUUGAGCAAGAUAAAUCUGGGUUGUAUUUCAACAAGCGUUGCCCUGUUCCUGGUUAG